GCAGCGUGAUGACGCCACGCGCAAAAUACAGGAAGUAGUUUGGAUGUAACGCAUGUAAACAAGACUUGGACGGAUGCUGCCCGUGCACAGCAAGAGUUAGAAGUGAGCUUGUUCUGUGUCAGACAAUAGACUACCAGGGGCAAACACAGGUACAGACAUAAGUAAACAUGACACGAGUUGGUUCUUAAAGGCAGGGAACACGGCGGUGCUUGAAUACAUGAGCUAAGCUAACUGUUAGCAUUCAAGUCCAUUGUAAGCAAACCGAGUGAGUCACAUUAUUUCUCCUCCUGUAUCAGUGUGUAACCAAAACUGUCUCACUCAUUCAUCACCAAGAAAAAGCUGAAUUAUAACACGUCAAUUCAGGAGUGUCCUCUCACUCGGUGUUUCUGUUGCUUCUCUGUAGAAAUGGGUGUAAAAGGUCUUCAGUAUUUUAUGGAGCGCUGCUAUCCGGAUACAUGUGUGACAGUGGACCUGAGAGAAAUGGCCAGACAGCACGCUGCCAAAACGCCACAGGGCUCAGACACGACCACAGACAGCACGUCCAGUUGAGUGUUUUUUUUUUCCUGUGUAGGUGGUGUAACAGCGGGAAUAGAUGCAUCAGAAUGACUUUACUCUUUACUCUUGUUGAAUCAAAUGGGAAUGUUUUAGUUGUUGGUAUUGAAUCAAUGACAAAGCUUUAUGUUUUGGGUGUAUUUGUGUAACCAAGAAAUUGACCCCACUUUUUCCCUCCACCAAUGCACCUACAGAGAGCAAAAUCUUGUUUCAGGUUAUGUCCUAAUACUAAUGUCCUUUACACCCACUCACAUUAUUAUCAAGCAGGUGCUGCUGUAAAUGAGAGUAGCUAUAAGGUACUUGUGUUCCUUAUGAUUUUUUUUCUCUAAUAUAGUUUUGUGUAAAGUUUCAGUCAGUAUCAAACCAGUAUUUUUUCAUAUCUUAAUGAUGUAAAAAAAUUUAAUACUAUAACUGUGAAUUUAAAUGAUUAAACAUGAUAACUUUUUAUAUUGUACACUAUGAGUCUUAGUAGAAGCAGAUAUCAGUGCAAUGGGCCUUUGGAUGAAUGACAGUACAGAUUGCAUUUGCAUUUAUUCAGUUAUUUCAAAGUAUAGGAACAUGCCAAUAUGUUAGCAGCCGUUUGCAGAAUAAACAAAAUAUGAUCAGUAUAAUGGUUCAGUAUGUUUAAAAGCAAGUUAUGUAACACUUAUAGGAACAAUACCCAGACUGCUGAUAUGAACAGCAUACAGCAUCACUGAUGCAUAAAUUAGGGCUGCAGAGACACGGGCAGAGUUAUCUGAGUGACAGUGAAACUCAGUGAUCAGUAUAGAUCCCAGGAAACUAUCGCUGAUGAUCUUAAAGCUUUGUAAAUACCACAACAAUGUACACUGGAUGUUUCUUACCACUGUGUUGAAGGUGUCUGCUUUUAGUUUUUUGUAGCAGGCAGACCUGUUUACUGUAACAUUUGUGAUUUUACUCCUCUUUAGGCGCCACUCUAGUUGUGGAUGGUAUGGCCUGUCUGCGCCACUGGUAUUUGUGUAAGGACUGGGUGUGUGGAGGGCAGUGGAGGGAGUACAUGGAUGGGCUUAAGAGUUGGGUGGAGGCUUUCAACUCAGCAGGGAUAAGAUUGGUCUUCUUCUUUGAUGGCGUGGUGGAGGAGCAGAAAAGAAAGGAGUGGGUGAGUUAAGAUACUCUUUAUCAUUUAUUUUAGAAAACGCAGUUAAAUCAGCCUCAGUACAGGGAUUAGUAAACUUGUCUUUAGUAAAUGUUAUCCACCUGUGUCUCCAGGUGAAGAGGAGACUUCGAGUGAAUAGAGAGAUUUCUAAAGUAUUUAGUCACCUAAAGUCACAUGGGGAGCAGCCUGGUAGAGAGCUGUUUUGUCUGCCCUCUGGUUUGGCAUCUUUUACACGCUUUGCUCUCAGGUCAGUAUCAAGUUUCAAUAUUAUGCCUUGGUGGUUCCUAACAUAUCCACUGUAAUAUUAAGAGCACAGCUAAAGUCUUCUACACAGUUGAACAUUAGACUUCAUCCAUUAUAUGUUUGUCAUUUAAUGUUUUAUUUUUUUGACAGGUCACUGGGUCAGGAGGUGUUUUGCUCUGUGCGAGAGGCUGACUAUGAGAUUGCAAGCUAUGCUCGUCAUCAAAGUUGUAUGGGAAUCCUGGGCCAGGACUCAGACUUCAUCAUAUAUGACAGGUUUUACUCUUUUUAAUAGUGGCAUUCUGGAGCAGAAGAUUUUCACCAGUUUCUUCUCAACAGAGUUAAAUUUGAAUAAAGAUUCAACUUUUCUAGGAUUUCAUGUGACUAAACUGAACAUGUUUUUUUUUUCUUUAAAGUGCCCCCUACUUAUCUGUGGCAAAGCUUCAGGUUAACAUGCUCACCACAGUCCUAUAUGACAGACAGAGGCUCUGCCAAACCUUGGGCUUGGCGGUUGAUCAGCUACCACUGCUGGCCUGUCUCCUAGGAAAUGAUGUGGUGUCUGAGGACAAGAUGAGGAACACUAGAAAUUAUGCCAUGGAAACAUACAGGUGUCUGUUUUUUUCACAGUGUUAUUUGUCUAAGUAAAUGUGAGCAAACUUAGUUACUGUUCAGAUGAAGACUUUAAAUAACAAUGAUGUUGUUUUACUCAGGAUAGAAAACACUUCACCACACUCCGGUGCUCCUCAGGAGCAAAUGGUGCUUGCUGUAUCCCACCUUGUGAGCUCAUUGCAGGACAGAGAGGAGGAAGAGACUGGGCUCCAUUCUCUGAAUCUGUCAGUUCCUCUCAGAGAGUUGCUGCAGAGAGGCAUUAACUCUUACAUACUACCUGGACAGGGAGCUCCUCAGCAGGGUGACUUCUCUGCAACUUCUUCAGUUUCUGCAUUUGAGAACCUUGUCAGCGCAGAAGUAUUGAAGGUAUUCUCUUUCCCCUUUCUGAUGUUUUCAACAUAACAAACGUUAAAAGCUUAUUUUGUUUUUCUAUGUGGUUUCCCAGGCCUGCAGGGAGAAGCAUGUGGCAGCAGAGGGAUUCAUGGUUUACAGUAUUAUGUGCGAGGGCAUCAUUGAAUGUAGCAACACUUUGGAGGAUGAGGAGGACACUGAACUCCUGCCUCAAGCCCUCGUCUUAAAGCCGUGCAGACAACGCAUUUAUGGACUGGUGCUGUUACACAGGCAUGAUGGUAGGACAGAAAACCUAGUACAUAGAUGACAAACACACAUAGUUUGAGUCCCACAAACACACUCAAUACACAACAAUUUUUUAGCUGUAAAAAAGGCCACAUAUCUGAAGUAACAAAGACAAAUGCUUAUGCAAAGGAGAUAGACCGAUAUGUUUUUUCAGGACCAAUAUCAAUUCUGAUAAUUAUAGUCAAGGAGGCCUAUAAGCAAUAUUUGGAGCUGAUGUUCAUUUGUAGUAAAAGUAAAAAUAUUGAUGUCAAAAUUUUUAACAAUACAACUCCAACACUUAACUUCAGUAAAAUGCCUUUAAGCAUAUGUUUAUUAAACAGCUUUUCAGAUUUGCAACAUGUUCAAGUUUUAUUUUUAUCUUAGACUAUAGACAUCUUUGUUUUAAAAUUCUAGCAAAAAGUGCAGGGAGCUCCCAGACUCAGCAGCAUGCCUUGCUCCUAAAAGUUUUCCACAGUAAAUAAAGUUUUUCAAUAUAACUGAAAUGCUAUUUUAUCUUUCACUUAUCUAUGUUUCAAGUUCAAGCAAAAACAAAAAGUGCAGGGAGUUCCCGGGGUCAGCAGCAUCUCUUUUUUUUCAUCCUUGCAAUGACAUGAAUUGCACCUUGCAAUUCAUGUCUACGAGAAACUGUUAAAGACAGCCAGUAUCCAACAAUAUGUAAUUUUCUGCUGCGUGGGAUCUCUCAAUCAACACAGAAAUAAGUAAUGUAAAAUAACUUGGUAGUUAAACUGCCAUUAUCGCCCUAUAGUUUUCUCUCAGACAGGUGGUGUUUUCAUGUCAGUUUCUGCAGCUUCUCCUUUCCUGUCAGUAUUCUGUAGCCAUCCCCUCAACAGCUUCCCUGCAAUAAAACUAACUGAAUUUUACUCUAUUUGCUGUCAGAUUAAAAAAAGGCUGGUGCCUAUAAGCGUCAAAUGUCAAAUAUCGGCCUGGGCAAUAAUUGGUCUAUCUCCAGUAAAUACAUACUGUGCAUGGACCUUAGGAAAAAUACAUGUCAGAUGGAACAGUUGCUGUAACUUUUUGGUGUUUUGUGUAUUCUGUGAUUUACUCAUUAAGACAUGAAUACCUCACAGGACAGUGGUAUGAAGUCAAUCAAAGAGUGAUUGUGGCUCAUUUGCAUGUUUUCAGGUUCAAAUGUCAACCUUCCAGCGAUCAGGGAAUGGUUUGUCUACCCUGGAAACCCUCUGCAGGAACCUGACAUAGUCCAUCCUGUCUUAGUCAGCCCCUCAGGUAUUGUACCUGAUAGUUUUUAUACACGGAUCCCUCUAUUCCUUUGCUCCAGAUGAAGUCAAAACCUGGUUUCAGUUUAGUGGCACCAGCUGGUAGGCAAAGAAGAUUUAGAGAUGAGGGUUUUUUUUUACACAUAGCUCUGCAUCAGCCUGACUUGCAAGGUUGUCAUGAAGUGUUUUUGCAUUCAAAGCUUUCCUUUACUUUCUCUAUUUCCUCUGUGUCAAUGUGUAGGUGAUCAACCCAGUCUGGACUUACUUUGGUUUGGCAGUGGUCCAGAAGUUUCAGCUCUCCGCCUGACAUCCUUCUUUUCCAUUUUUGACUGCCAGCAGCUCUCAGACUUAUAUGGUGAGAUUGAAGACUCUCUCCUGGGUGCCCUCUGCCUCGUCACUUACAUAGCUUUACAGGUAAUUUAUUUUUUCUAUUCUUGUUUUGAUCAUUUUUAAUUAGUAACAACAACCAGAAAUUUAACCUUGAAUUACAUGACAGUCAAAUUAAAAGGCUUUUGCUUGGAGUAAGUGUGAAAUCCUCUGCAAAGGAGGAACAGAAAACAAAAAACGUUAAUUUCUACAUGCACCCCAAACAGCUGGUCACAGCAGUCUAAUUUAAUUAGUCUAAUUGACAACACCUGUAGGAGAUUUGACUCUUAUUCCAAGUAUUUAAACCCACUACAACCUUUUCUGUGUGUUGUUCCUUUAGAAAAAAAAAACUUAGAAUCACCUCCAGUGACUGAUACUUUGUUUUGGUUUCCACUGGUUGUGCUACAUAUCUGGGUAUAAUUAUUUUAGCUUCUAAAUAAACCAGAUUAGCAAAGCAUAAUUUAUAUUUUGUAUUGAGGCACAUCAGUCAAGAUAAUGCGAUGAGUGGUGGGUAAAGAUACUGCUGCUGAUUUGUAUAAACAAAAAAUAAAAGACAAGAUAUAUUGAGUGAGAAUUAAACAUACAGACUUGCUUUUGAUUUGAGAUUUUGUCUACAACAUAUACAGCAAUUAUUCAGACCUUUUGUCAGCUAGUGAUUUAAAGUUAAACAUUUCUUGUUGACGGUCUGUUCUGAGUUGUUUUGUUGUGGCUUGAUGUCAGCUUCUAUCACCCACUGAGUGCCCAGUUUAACCACAGACACUGGGCUUUCAACCUCCUGCUCUUACGUCAACAACUGCUCUGAUAACCAUCCAGGGGCUUGAAUAUCUUAAGAGCCAUUUCUUAAUUCACAUUACAGCCAUUGUUUCCUUGUUUUGGUAGCAAAUGUUAAACUAUAAACAUGUGGUCUUUGUAAUCUUGUUGAAAAGCCUUGUGUUGGAAUACUUCAACUUUGUGAUUGCUUUUCAAAGUGUCUGAAGAAGCAGAGAUUUGUACUUUUGGUCCAUCGAGUGUUCUUGACGUCAUCUGAUUGAGCUUUAAAACAGUAGAGAUUAUUGUGUCCUAUCACAAGGAUAAAGGUACAUGCGUCACUUUGCAGAUGCUAAACAGAAAUUAUUCUGGAGAAACUCUUGAAGAAACAGUCCUCCAGUCCUUUGAUGCCUCCUCGACAGAGCUAUCCAUCCAAAAAAGUUGAGCCCAAAUGUUUUGUCACACAAUUCAAUUCAAAGUUUUUAUAACAGGAUUAUAUUGUGUCCCAACAUGUGAACUCCAACAGUGUCGUGUCUUAAUGACAUUAUUUUACUGUGUUUUGUCUGUAAUCCAAAGUUAUACAGACAAAAAGAAGUGUAGCUCUCUUCACUGUUUUGGUGUUACUAGAACUUCAGUAGACUCAGAGCAGCAGGAUCCAAUGCAGCCCCUUAAAAUAUCAUUAUAUCCUUGUGAAACCCAUCACCUGCAUUACCCACAAUGCAACUCACCUGAGUUUGUUUCUCUUGGGUGGCACGGGAAGAUUCUGAUUCACAUUGUUCUGUCUGGCUUUCCCAAAUUAGUAUAAGCUUUUAAAAUUAAAAAUGUUUUCAUACUAACAAUUUUAUUCUGGUAGAAAAAUGACUGAAGUGUCAAUUUUCUUUUACUGUUUCUUUCUGUCAGUGAAGCACAAAAAAAAGCCUGAUGUGAUUACUAACACAGGUUACCAUUGAGCUCUACAGCUUUUGUUUUGACCGAACAGUUAACUAUAAAAAGUCUGUUUUGUUACGGCGUACUUUUUUUCAAACAAUUGAGAGAAGCUUUUAGGAAAAGCUGGGAAGGAUUUUAGUAGAUUACGUUUACUUUUACAAAUGCUGUGCUCAGACAGACAAAGUUUAACACAAGGACAGCUUUUCCGCACAGAAGCGGAUUUCCGGACAGACAGACAGAUGCACACUUAGUGUCAAUCACUGAAACGAAUAAAGGCCGAGCAGACGGACCCAAGAGGAGCUUGUUUGACGGACUGUUUGAGGGGCAGACAAUCAAAGUUGCCCAGACAGGCUGACAGACAACAGUAGCUGUUGUUGUCUGAUCGCUACCGCAUUCACAUUCCCUCGUCACUCUUCUAUUUAAACAGCUUCAGGGUUUGUUUGUUUUGUACACACAACUGGGCAGCCUUGUUUCUGCAUUCAGCAUUGUUUCUUUGUCUGUUGAAUUGUUGCAAAGCAAGCAGACAAAACAAAUCGACCCACACACACUACACUCUGGGAUGUGAUUCAAUUGGUCAACCAUGAAAAUUUGCUCUGCACUUUCAUGUGUGUAUAUGUGUAUGUUUGUGUUUUCAGGUAGAAACUUUGUCUCAAGAGGAUGUGGAUGCUUACCUGAGUCAGGCUGUGUGUCUGAGAUUAAAGUCCACACAGGAGCUUCGAAACAUUAAGGUGAGUUGCUCACACACAAACACAUAUAGAUAUAUCUUUUUUACAGAUUUAAAGUCUCAAUUUUCAUUUGUAUUUAUUUUUCAACGAAGUGAUUCGCUCAGUGAUUUCCCUCUCGACUUUGUUGUCCUUACACACCCUGGAGUUGUUGCUUCCUGCUGAAAGAAAACAAUGUCCCUGUGGUUUACUGUGUACAAGCUGUUGUGUCACAAACAAAUUCAAAGACAACGUUUCCAGCAAUAGAAAGUGAGUAAAAUAAUGGAAGAGAAGUCUGAAUAAGCAGCUGGUUCAGUCCCAAGAAAAACAAGCAAACAAACCACAAAACCCUCAUAAAUCUGUGAAUGGACCGACCGCAGCUGUUGAGUAGGAACUUGUAGCUUUAUAAAGGUCAUGAAUGGGAUUUAGAACCAAAUCUCCCCCAUUUCAUCCUCACUACUUUUUUUAAGAAUAUAAAAUUGAAGUCAAAGGUUUAAUCCUGGAUUAUCUAACCUUGAGUUUAACUGUUUUUUACCUGUUGCAGCUCAUGAUCCAACUAGUUCUAUCUUUCUUACAACUCAAAGAAAACUCUGUGGUCUGAUCACAUUAACAUGCUGCUGUUAUUAAAAGGAUUACUGGUGCUGUCAGAGAGCACAAACACAGGAAUAAUGACAGCACUGUAAGUCUUCAUGUUGUCAGCGAAACCAGCCACACACUUGCUUUUUUUUUUCUUUUUUCACAAGCUGAUCUCACAUGUGCACAAAAGUCCUCAAAAGUUUCCAAAUAUUUCCAGGUGGGCUGCAUGUGUGAAUGCAAACAGACAAAAGUUUUACUGUUACUUAACCCAGAAUUCUGCCAGCCAGCCCCCCUUGUGAAAUUUCUGCAUGAGGCAGAGUAAGUAAUUUGAAAUAUCCAGAAAACCCCUCUGUCCAAACAAAUAGUCAGAGGGGAAUGACAUUUAUAGGUGCAACAAAUAAUAAUAUCCUAAAAAGUUUUCAUUCUCAAUUUUCUUUCACUUUAGUCUAUUUUCUUAAUCAUAGUUAAAAAAAAAAGUAUUAGAGGUCCUUUUGUUUGAAUUUCAAUGAUAAUGACUUAAGGCCAAUGAAAAUCAGAAAUGUGGUCGAUCACAUUGUUAGAGGAUUUCCUGAUAUCCAACUGUUGAAAAGAUUUUAAAUUUUCCUGUCUUUUUUUGUGGCUCUGUUAUCUGGAGCAAGUACAUCAGUGUGUUCUGGCAUCGAGACAACCUGCUUGUGGCUCUGCUGAGGUGUUAUUGACAGUCAGGUUGCUUUGAUUGCAGCCAUCAGCUGGUCUGUAUUUUCGAGGCAUCUGUAUCUUAUAUUUUAAGAUACUCCACUGAUUCUCUUAGGGGUUCAUGUCAGAUGAGUUUGCUGUCCAGUUAAUCACAGUAAACCAUUUGGUUGUAGUUGUGGUGCUGUGGGCAGGUGCCAAAUCCUGAUUGAAAAGGAAUUGGACAUGUCAUAACGUUUGUCAGCUGCUGGAAACAUGAAGUGCUGUCAAAUCUCCAGGGUUUAGACAGAUGGCUGCAUUGACUUUUGAUGUGAGUGGGCCAACCCCAGUAGAUAGGAUGGCACCCCAAAUCAUCACAAACUGCAGAAAUGACACUACUGCCUCAAACUUUUCCAGCUGUAAGACUCCAUGUAAGGAGUCUAGAAUAUAUUGAAUCUUUACUGAAACUAGGGAUUGAAGAAGUUUAACUUGAUCAAGAUAUUCGAAUAUGUUGUGAUGUACUUGUAUGUAAUGUGAUUGGUGUUCUGUUAAAGUUUGCUGCUUGGUCAGAAUCCUACCUUAGCAUGAAUUGACAGCUUGGGCUGUCAGAUUAGGCUAUUUUUUAACUAUUAUGUAGACAAACAGAGGUAGGCAGAGCUUUAAGGGUAAGACCAGCAAGUUUUAGUACUGUUUAUUAGACCUUUUUAAAGUUCUCCAAGAGGACAGACCAGUAUCCUUUAACGUAUGUGGCUCCUGGCAUGUGAACACAUUUUUAACUACUGCUGUCUUUCUAUUUGCAUUGGCCAAGUAGAGGAUGUGUAGUUAGAUAUUCUAUUAUAAUUAUACUCUGUUGCAAUUUUGAUAUUGGAUAGGGUAAUAAAAUAUUACUCUGUGAUUCUUUUCUUCAGUAAAAGAAAGAAAAAAACUUUCCACUGUGAGGGAUGAUAUAAGGACAGUAAAAUGGAGCUCUUGAUUUUUUCCAGAUAUUCCCAGUAGUUGGUGUGUGAAAACAGCCACAGAGUCUUCAUUAAGCUCGGUCAGUCUGAUGAGAGCUCUCACAGUCCAGAGGAUCAGAGAGUCAGCUGUGCUUUUCUAAACGCUCUCUACUGUCUUGUUGUAGCCCCCAUUUAUUUUGAGUGCUUAAUUACAGUACUUGUGUCUGGUAAUUUGUAUUUUUGCUGCUUGCCUGUUUUCUACACAAUAAUUAGCGCUGGGCGUUGAUUUGAAUAUGCUGACUGGGAGAGGUUCAGAGCUGCAGGGAGGGAGGGGGGCUCACUGAGAGACGAGUGUAAGGAUUAACUACACACACAAACGAAACACACGAGUGCUCUGUAAUAUACACUCAGCUCUCAACUGCUCUGAAGUUAAUUUUAAUAAUAGAGUGCAAAGGCGUUUACAUGAGUGUAAGCUGCAGAAACACACACACACCCACACACGAGCAUGCACACACACAGUGUAUUAACGUCUUUAAGUCCCCACAAUUUGGCCCAGAAGAAAAAUGAUUUUUAUGAGAAAAAAAACAAACAAACAAACAAAAACAAAUACUUUGUGUAGGUAAAUGUCUGCGUUCAGCUGAGUGAAAAUGGGUCAGACUGUGUGUGUGUGUGUGUAUGUGUGUGUACCUGUGUGUUUAAGGGAAAAGGGUUGUGAGUCGGUCCUGGGAUGUGUUGGUUGUGUUGCAACAUUCUUCCCCGAAGGACUGUGAUUGUGGCGUGUGUGUAUGUGUGUGACAGAGAGAGUGUGCUGGCGACAGCCGCCUGUCUGUCCUGGCUGACGCUCACCACAUGGAGCUAUUUACACCAAGCACCCUCCACCCUGCUGGACACACACAUACACACACACACACAUACUCACACACUUUGUCUCUCUCGCUCUGUGUGUUCUCAUGUUCCCUCUUUUUUUUUUUUUUACACUCAACCACUUUCUCUUUUCCUCCCUGUCUUCUGGUAGCUCUUUCGCUCUUGUCUCUGCUCUCUUUGUCUUAGUUUGUGUGUGUGUGUGUGUGUGUGUGUGUGUGUGUGUGCCUGCAGGCUUUUGUGUGUCAGUCCAGUGGUUCAUUGUGUUUAGAAGGUAAAGCUGUGUGUGACUAGAAGCAGGUGGCAGGCAGGGGUGUGUGUGUGUGUGCGUGUGGUCUUAUAUGUGUAAUCACUGUUAUCAGGACUAUCUUCUUGAGGACAGGUGAGAGCAGAAAGAACACACACACACACACACACACACACACACACACACACACACACACACACACACACACACACACACACACACACACACACACACACACACACACACACACACACACAUAACAUCUGCCUUCUUUCAUUACCGUUAACUUGCCUCUUCCCCUUCUUCUUGUUGGUAUUGUCCUGGUCCAGGCUCUCAUUUCUUCCCACUAUUUGUGUCAAAAAAACACAGCCUCCCACCUGUUUCUGCCUUAGUCAGUAUACUCAAACUGUCAUGAACCUGAAUCCAUGAGAAAAAAAGCAGGAGUGUUUUUUUAGAGCUGAUGCCAGUGAAGAUCAUAAGUGUUCCAUGUGAUUAAUAAUGGUGUUUGGAACAGAUAUACAUUGACAGCACAAACAAAAAAAACUUUCUAUCAAAGAUUGCAUCACACAGUUGUAUGGCAUCUACCAAUCAGAUUAUGUUGUGGGUGAGAUGUUUGGUGAGUUCAGGUGAUGUAAAAAAACAAACGUUAAGAGAAAGACCCACCAGGAGCAGAGCCAAAUUAGCAUAAUUCCAUUGAUUUUAUUUUCUGAUAAUUGGCCAAAGGUCAAAUAUUGACCCUAAAAGUCAGCCCAGGCUGAUAAUAACUCUGCCCCUAAAAAUCCUUCUUAUUCAGCUCCAGCUGAAUUGUACGAGCCUCGUGUUUGAAAUUUACAACCAGUCAGACCUUCUCUCCCGCUCUCUCCCCAGCUGCCUACGCUCUGCAGCCGUGCCGUGCAGCUGGGAUCCCUCUUCAUCCGAGGACUGGGACACCUGCUGGGUGCUAACUGUGCCAGCGGCUGCCCGCUGUCCAGCCCUGCCCUGAUGCCCUGGCACUGCUUCGAUGGACGUCUGUUCCACUCAAAGUACCUGCUGGCACAUGGCGGGGUGGAGAAAUCUGAGCUGCUGGAGGGCGAUGUGAGUGGAGACGGGAAAACAAAAAGGGGAAUGUGCACAUGUGUCCAUGUCUGGGAAGAGUUUGAAGGAAGAAGAAGUGACAAACUGCUUUUUAUUUUAAUCACUUGUUGGAUUGUGUGUAUCAUUUUGACCUCAUAUGAACUGUGAUUGAAGAUGUGAGUGAUGCAGUUUCGUUAUUGUUCGCCUCUCUCUCUCUCUCUCUCUCCUCAGUUGUCCAAAUUGAAUCUCUUUCUUCGCUUGAGGGAAAAACUAACAGAAACCUGCAGCAAGCAUAGCAGAGUCCUUCAGUCCAGACCCAAACCACCAGAGCUGAGUCAUAAAACCACACCAGGACCCAGAUACAAAGAGAGACACUCAGGUGAGAUCUGACUGACUGUGAAAUCAAACACACCUCACAAUACCAGCUACCUUCUCAGUAAAAGUCCAGUACCAGUGCCUUCUGUGGGACACUGUCAACCAUCUAUUGUUUGUAAAAUUGUUGCUGCUGUCAUCCCAGAAAAUGCAAAAAUCUACAGUAAGGAAAAAAUCUGAAUCCAAUACUCACAUACGACUCGAAAAUUGAAGUGCUUUAGAGUUGUUUUGGUGCUUCUAACUUCAGUCACUUGCCACAGUUUGAUUGGGACAUAACCUUCGGCUCACAAAGAGAAAGUUUGGCAUUUGCACAUCAAAACUAGGAAAAGGUAUUUUGUAUAUUUAAAUGAUAUUUUUAUUGCAUUAUACGAGGUAUUGUUGAGAUUUCAUAUGAGAUUUUAUUUCACUAAAUCGGCACAAAUAAAAGUUCCAUGAAAACACACGUGUCAGCUGUUCGUAUCACUUCAUAUUUCUUCAGGUAUGUUGUGACUCAAAGGUACUGAAAUCCUUUUGCAUGUCUCCUCCCUUCUCCUGUUAUUCCACAUUCACUCUGCCUGUAAAACGUUGUUGCUGUGGUCAUCCAUGCGAGAUAAUUAUAAUGCUACUGUUUUUACCAAGAAUCUUUGGAAAAAUAGUUUUUCACCAUCCUGGUUAACUAAAUGCCAGAGUGAAAACAACACUUUGACCUGAAUUCAGAAAUGUUUUUUUGUUCCUAUGGUACCCUUGUGGUAUGAUGGUUUCAAUUCAUACAAUGUCACCACAGCCGUGCGUCAUAUCUCUCUUUCUCUUCUCGUAGUCCUUGACUGUAUCUGUCCUGUAAACUUUACAAUGAGUAGAAGAAAAAUGCUUAAAAACAAAUGUUACAAAGUGAUGUUUUGAUGUCUGUAUUAUUUUUAAGGUUCCAGCAGUUUUGGUCAGAAUGAUCUUUGUUUCUAAUUACUGUAUAAAAGACAGAAAACUGAAAAGGCCUCCAGUCGUCUUCGCGACAAAAACACACAGCAGCUCUGAGGAAAAAAAGACAGAGAUGCAUCAUUUUAAUCUGACAGUUCAUCUGUGGUUGUAGUUCUCUGGUGCCCCUCACAGAACCACAUUACCCAGAGGGCCAUGCUGUAACGAGCUCCAUGUGUGCUGCGGCCGUAACACAUACCACUGUGUGUGUGCACGCUUGCAUCAGAGACUUGCUUUGUCAGUGCACUAGUAAUAGUAGGUUUCUGUUUAUAGGCUGGGAGAGCUCUAUUUUAAGACACACAACAAGACGAUUUGAUUAUAGACUUCUCUCUGCUGUCUCCCCCUCUCCAUUCUCCCCUUCCCCUCCGUCUUUUCCCUCUAACUCUUUAUACUUUUGUUUUCCCCAUCCUCUCUGUGUCUUUGUCUAAGUCCUCUCAGUUGUUCUUCUGUGUGUGGAGCUGUCACAAUCUCCAGACACCUCCCCAGUUUAUUACACUCAUGUUCACACAUUCAUUGGUUUGUUUCCAUGAACGGCGUAGUCUUUCUUUGAUUGAGCUUUCCUCUGUAGAGUGCACACUGUCGGCUUAAAUUAGCUUCCUGUUGAUGAAAAACUCAUCUGUAGUCGACAGUCCUGAUCUAAAAGCAUCUCAGUAGUAGCUUAUGAAAUUUAAACCUGUAUUCUUUCUCCGACCCUUUGACUUUUAAACCUUUAGGAUUGUUUCUCUGUGUGCCAUGUUGGCGCAGAAUCUCUGAAAUUGCGCCGAACUGUCUGCUUUUUGCCCAAGUCAACCCUUGUGGGUCUCUUGAGGAUGUCUCUGGUUUUAUAGAUGGAAGGCUGCUCACUCUCUUUACCUCAGUGUUUCAUUUCUGCCAGACGCAGACACCAAUCAUUACUACAGAACUGUGGGGAAUGGAGUGUGUGUGUGUGCGUGAGAGUAGUGGUGGCGCUAUGUGGUACAGCGAAGGGCCUGGUUCGGUUUUUGUUUGGAAUCGGGCCUGAUGUUUAGUCUCCUCAGCAAAUAUCUCCUCUGGCCUCCUGCCCUCAGAAUUACACUCUGACAGUGAAUCCAGUAGAGUUGCUCUCCCACGUCUCUUCACUUUAUUUCUGUCAGAGAGAAAAUGAAAACAAGCCCACACUCAGAUUGGCUCACACUUGAUGUGGACGACAGUUUACUCCACAUCCAGCAGGGAGGAGUGUGGAUGUUGUUGUUCUUCAGACCUUUUCAGUUGGUGGGCUGAAAUUUAAAGAACCCCAGUCUGGCCCCUUCUUCAUCUAGUGUAGAAAUAAUGUAAUUAUGAAAAGGUUUACUUAACAAUGUUUUUGAGUGGAGGGAAACCAAAAAUGUCCAAUUAUAAUUAUUUGAAGACCUCUGUCUUUUUAAGACAUGAAACUAAAUAUUGAUCAAUUAAUCAGCAGGCUGAUUGAUUGGGCUGAUGAAUUUUGACAUAAUCACCGUCAUAUGGACAAUGACCUUCACAUGGCCCAGGCCCAGUGACAGCAUAUCCAAACUACAGCCACUGACUGUAGUUUUAUACAAAUAAAGAAUAAUGCAGUUGAGUAAAAAUGUACAUUUUUAUCUUAAUUAUUAUUAUUUUUUAAACUAAAUUUAGGUGGCUGGGCAGAGAUCUAAAAGUCUCUUGUGGCGAUAUCAUGCUGAGCCAAAUACUUUUCCAUCUGCAUUUAUUAAAUAAAACAUUCACUCUAGUUCAGCAAUUUUGUCUCUCAGUUAGUAUUAUGUUUAAAAACAUCAAUGUGAUAUCAGCAUUAUCUGUCAGCCGUUAGCCAACUUGACCCCUGAUAAUUGGUAUCCGCAAAUGCUGUUGAAUAACGACGGAGGGAAAGCGGCCUGAUUCAGUCUAGAGGGUACAGCUCCCUAUGUGCAGAGUCUGAACUUCUACUUCGCAAUACUUCGUCUAAAACGCUCACCAUGAAAUCUGCCACAUGUGUUUGAUUGUCUCAGUGUGGGAAUAGAUUUUAGAGGUAGCUAAAAACAUUUCAUUUUUUUCUUUCGGUUAAUCCCCAAAAGCAGAGGGAAGAUCACAGACGUUCAUGAAUUUAGAAAAUAUGUGUCUUCCUCGUUGUUUUUGUUUGUUGUUAGAUGACAGCUGUCAAGCAGAUCUGUGAGUGCUCAGCCUCAGGAGACAUUUUUCUUUUCUCUGAAUAGUUUUGCUUAGUUACUCUGACAGAGUUUGUCAGACUUGAUGAGGUUGAAUGUAUGCUGUGAUAUGGCGUUUGUUUUUUUGCUGUUCUGUGGGAAGCCUUGAAAUAAUUGUGGGCAGACUUUAAGGCAAGCUCUGAAUGUGUGUGUUCGUGUGUGUGUGUGUUCCUCUGUGCGAGUUGAAAAGAGGAACAGUCAUUGAUAUUCUUGUACAGAGAAACUUUACCAGGAUCACGAAGAUUGUAAAACUCAGAAUCUGAUGCUGAAGUAUAAACGAUGUCAAGCUUUAGGUGUCAAACUCCCUGUAGCAUUUAUCUAUCUCCAGAUUUAAAGAAGAUACAAUCAAUUCAGGGGUCAGGGGUUUCUGAUCGAGAGAAUCAUGACCAGAACCAACUCCACUAUCAAGAAUAAUGUUCAGACCACUGGUUCAUAAUUUUCUUUUUUAGUGUUGCUACUUCACAUAUUUUUAUUGUUAAUAUAAAUUCUCUUAUCUUAGUUGGUGAUCAGAAAUGUAUUAUCUUGAUAGAAUUAAUUCUAUAAAUUGGGGCACUUCCUGCUGGCUGUAUGUGAAGCAGUCUACCACCCCAUUUAUGGAGGUUAUGCCUCAAGUAGUGGGGCUGGGCUCGCUACCAGCCUGUGGCUCCUUUCUCGCAUGUCAGUCCCCACUUUCUCAUCCUGUCUCCUGCUCUGUCCAGCAUCCUUUCCCCUUCAAAUGAGUAAUAAUAAUGAUAAUAAUAAUAAUAACUUUAUUUGAAACACACUUUUAAAAACAGAAGUUUACAACGUGCAAAUGAAAGCAGUAAUGGCUGAAAAUAAACCUUAUUGCAAACUCCAAUCACAGAAACUGUUUCGUCUCACUUGACGUGGAAAAAUGUUUAUUUAGGCUUAAUUUCAUCCAAAUUGACCUGAUAUCAAUUGAAGACAAAUGUCCUACUUCAAGACGUUACAUGCCAAAAAUAAGAACUGAAUUGCUUGUAAUGGAUUAAAUAUAAAUCUGCCAGUGGAAUAAGAAAAAUUUAUUAUCAAUUUGAGUGACUAGAAGUGCUCUUGCCUCACAACAAGUGGGUAGUGGGUUUGAAUCCCUGACAGGGCAGGGGAUUCUCUGUGUAGAGUUUUCAUGUUUCAUGUGCAUUGGUGAGUUCACCCUCGGUACUCUGGCCAGCCAUCAUCAAACUGAUCCAAUAUUUAGUAUGAAGUAUACUUCAGUUAAGGCAGUUGAUGGAUGGCCCUGUAUUUGCAAACAAGAUCUAAAUGUUGUAUUUUUCUUUCAGGUCAGCCUUCAGGUGUAGAUGGGAACUGGAGGGAGAGAGGAGAAAAGACAAGAGGUCUGCAUCAUGAAGGAGGAUGGAGAGACAGAGGGGAGAUGAGAGGAGGAAGAAGUGAUUAUGAAAACAGAGGAGGGGUUUGGCAACGAAGAGGAAACAGAGGAGGAAGAAGGGGGGUGAGAGGAGGCCAAUAUUUUCAUCCUCAUUCAUAUCCGAACUUCCAGGAGGGUGGACCUCACAGCUGGGGACAUCAUCCACAACAGUCCAGAGGAGGGUCUUCUGGCAGCAGAGGGAGAUACCAGCUGGCCCCAAGGUGACAACAGAGUGAAGUACAGCAUUUCAGCAACAUCAUUUAUCAUUUACAGACAAAAUAUAUAUAAUAUAUGCCAAUAUUAGGUCAUAAUCUGAAACUAGCAAUACUGUGAAGAACAGCACACUAAAAAACCUCAAACUAAAGUGAUAUGAUUGGUGUCAGUGUUGUGGUAGAAAGUGAAUGGCGGAGAACUUUAUUUCAUUAUUAUAAUUUAAGUGUUGAAUUUAGUGUUUUUGACCAUUUUUAUCUCCAUGUCGGUUUGUUUGGGUGGGGCAGAUUUAUGAGGCAUUAGUUACUGUCUGAUCCCUCUGACUAGUUGUGUUUGUAGAGUUGGAGGAACUCAGAUGUUUCAUGUGAAACUGCAAAAUUUGGCACAGUAUAGGCUAACAUCAUGUUCUCCGAUAGCACUGUGUUGUAUUUGUUUGCCAUCAUCAGGAGACAACUGACCUAAUAAAAGACCCAAAUGUUAGGCUGUAUCGGGGCAUUUUCUAAAGGUGAUAUCAGUAAUAGACCAACUAAAGAGGGAACUAAACUUGUUCAUUUUUUUCUGAAUUUAUCUUUUCUGUAAUGUCAUCCUCUCCUCUCAUCUCAGAUGGUCUCAGCCUCCUGAUCCAGGUACAUAACUCCACCCUGAGCUGGACAGGAGGAGGAUUAGAGGAGUUAAGAGGAUGGAGAAGACAUGAUGAAAGGCAUGAAGGAAUCAAAUUUCUCUGAACAAACCCUUGAUUGAUAAUCUGUCGGGAAUGUUUAUUUAAAGGAUACAACUGGUGAAGGACUGAAGAUCAAGAAGAAGAAGAGUGAAGUGGACAUGUCAGUUACUUUACGGAUAUAAUCCUGUUCAUUUGUUUAUGUCAAAAUAACCUGUCAGAAAUACUUCUAAAGACAGUUAUUUACAGAGGCAUCAUUGCUUUCUCAAGGAGAGUUACCCUUCUAGUUACAUGGAUGGGACAGUCAGAAGGACUCUCCAAACAAACACAGAUGAGCCUCUUAAAACACACAGAUUAAUGGCUUAUCCUCAAGCUUGUUUUUACCUCUUAUCUCAAUAAAAGGGAAAAGAUCUUUAAAUCUGUGUUUCCAGAAGCACAAUCCUUUUAUAUGGGGCUAGUCUUGAGAGGAGGAACAGUAACUCUUGCAUCUAAUUAUAACAGAAAUAAAGCAUUAAAGGAUCUACAAAUGAACUCAAAGAGAUAUUAGGGCAGAAACAAAGUGAGGCUGCAGAAUAUUCUGAGUUAAAUGACUAGAUAAAAUAAACUUAUUGUUACAAUGCACUGAUUUAUGCUUUCUAUAUCAAUAAAUUGUCUUGAUUCUGAGACAUCCAUGUCAAAUAUACAUUUACCUUGACUAUAUAGGGGCCUCAAGUUGCUUAUCUUUUCUUUUUUUGAGUCCCUGGUCUAUUAAUAGAUAAACUGUAGAUGUCUUUCAAUUUAUUGAUGUUUCCUGAAGUUAAAUCGUGUAAUUCUAGUUUUAUUAAAAACAUGAAAACCAAAA